GAACAACGUGUAUUGUCAUCUUUGUUCCUCUCUCAGUUGAGUUCCUCUCUGCUGCCAUCUAUGUUAAUUAUGAACAACUUCUUGAUGUCGAGAGGAUCGAGAGAAUGCGAAAAACAAAGUGAGAGUCAUGGCGGCCAUAAUAUGUAACUACUUGUAUUUUUAAUGAUAAUAAUUGCUCAAAGGGAAAAGACUAAAUAGAGACUCAGGUUCCGAGGAUGAGGCGACUACGUCAAUUUAGUUACGACCCCAGCGGUGGAAGGCACCACCGUCGAUUGUGGCAGCUGUGUGAGGUCCCUGUGAUGGAAUCUCAUGUAACUAAGAUUUCUGUUUAGCCGACGAUGGCACCAUCAAGACCCCAUCGUUGUUACCGAUCGUACAAAUUUGACAGUGCUCAUGUGGCUUUGGGGUCUGCCAUAAUUUGGCGGCAUGAAAAUAUUUAGUAGUCGCCUACAGGGCGAGGGCGAGCGUUAAACAACUUAAUAUUCUAGUCAGAUCAGUUGAAUAUUUGUUAAACACUUGUUAACAAUGGAACUCCAUCCACCAAUGGAUGUUUUAAAAAAAAAGUUCGUGGCAAUAACAAAGAAACUACUGACGUUAACCCAAAACAGGGUAACCGACAGGAGAACCCUUGAUCUUUGCCUGAGUGAAUUGAAUAUCCUGAAUUAUGAGAGGUUCGUCAUUCAGGAUGACACCGCUGUCAAAUUACUUAUCAACAGAUUGUGCUUGAACAUUCAGGCACAGGAGAUCAACCUAGUCUGCAGCUACUGCAUGUUCCUCAGUGGUCUGCUCCCUCACGUUGCCCCCCUCACCGGUAGGACCCUUUCGACCCUCAAGAAGUGGCUCCACCAGAUCUUGGAGUUUUCAUCCGAUGCAGCUUCAAUCCCAGCUCUCGUCGCCCUGGAAAAACUGAUUUCAAUGACUCCCUCCUGGGAGUCCACCCCCCAAGACUUGGAUGUGCUCUUCUCCCCUGAGGGUCUCAUCCCCAAGUUGCUUACUCCUUCGAAACCUCUAGAAACUCAGAAUCUCACUCUGAUCCUCCUGAAUACGCUUUUGCUUAAAAUCAGGGAAACAAAUUCAGUUUUCCCCCUACAUCACCUAAAAACCAUUAAAAAUUCCGUCAUCUCAAGUCUCUCGUCGAUACCCAGAUGUCAAGAGCUUUCCAUUCACCACUUGAAAAUCAUUCUGACUUCCUUGAACCUCCUCACGAAUUUACUUUCCCCUGAACUAACCUCAAAAUGUCCAGAAGUUCCAGGAGAAGUUCUGGGCAUUACUCAGGUCUAUUUAUUCCUGGGUGUUCCUGAGGUGCCUCUCAUUAGACCUGAGGAGCUUCAUCCCGCCGUCAUGAAUCUCCCUGAGAGAGUCCACCUGCCCCCCAGGGGUCGAAAUGCCAGACCGCUAACAAAAUCAAAACAGAACAAGAGCAGAAAACUCAGCAAGAAGAAUGAAAAAGAGAGAGUAUCGGUGGAAUUGGACAGAAAAAUUGGAAGAUCUAGUGAUUCUGAGACAUCUGAUGGAGAAAAGCACUCUCAGGAGAAGAUUCAAGGUCGUAUUCGGUAUCAGGCACUUCAGGUACUUCAAAAAGUCAUGAGAAUUAUGACGAACAAGGAGAUUUUUGGCUUUUGGUCGCAAAUUGUGGCGAAGAGUGAGAAGUCUGGGGAGAGCAGGGGAUUGUUGAGAGUUGUCAUGAAGGACCCGUUGUCCAGGAUCAGGGCAAGUGCUUUGGGAAUAUUAGCUGAUGCUAUAAUCGAUGCGAGAAUGUUUCUGGCACAUGCUGACGACACUGAGGGCUCCAGCUUUGGCACUAUUUUUGGGACUGUGGGGGGCAUGCUCAGGGAGAUACAUAUGGGAUUGGGACUCAUACUCAGUAGUGAGGGUAAUUUGGCAGUCCUUACACAGGCGUUGAAGUGUUCAACUGCUGUUGUUCAGGUGACACCUUAUGGCAGGAUGAAGAGAGGACUUGCUGGAAAGCUAGGGAGACAUUGCAGAUACUUUCUACUCCACAAGGACCCAACUGUCCGAGUUGUCGCCCUCUCCGUCUUCGAGGCUUUUGCUAAUGUUGACAAUAUGACCCCAGAGAUCCUGGAAGUUCUCUUCAGGAAAUCUGCCGAUACAAAUCUCUCAAAACACCUCCAAAGUCUCCAAAUAUCCCCAUCACAGGCUCAAAAUAAUCUGGAAAUUGACGAAGAGAUCGAUUGUUCUGAUCUCGAAAUAUCUUUGAAUGAUCCUGCAACUGUACCUAGUGAGCAAGACUGUACUUCAACUGUACUUCAAAGCUUCGAUGGAGAUUCACCAUUUAUCGUUCAAAUAUGUCUGAACAAUAUUUCAGAUAAAAUAGUUCAUAUACCUGUGAGAUUGCAAUCGUUCAAACUCCUCGGUGCUGUUAUCAACAGCCGGGAGAGGAUUUUCGAGGACAUUUUGGAUGUUGAAGUCAUCGCUAGACAUCUUAUUGAGGCCACUAACGAAGGUGAUGUUCAGGUUGUACUUCACGCUUGUAGAAUCCUGGAAACUAUCAGUUCAAAACUGAGUAGGAGAGAUCCUGUCAGAGAAAAUGGACUUGCAAUUUUUUGGAAUAAUAUUUUUGCUACUAUUCUCAACAUUUCUCAGAGUAGUGAAACCGGACUGAGGGAAGUCGCAUGCGAUUGCUUCGCAACUAUCAACAAUGACGUGUUCACACAAUUGUCUCUUGACAAAUCGAUAAUAAUCAAGACUACCCUGUUCGGGGCCUGCAGGGACCCCGAGUCCGCAAUACGAGCCGCAGGUCUUCGUGCCCUGGGAAUGCUGAUAACCCUUCCGUCCCUCGAGGAGGACACGGGCUUCCUGGGGGAUCUCACCGAAAUGGUUUGCACGUCACUGAAUGAUGAGAAUUUAGGGGUCAGAGUAAAAUCCGCCUGGGCCUUAGCCAACUUGACAGAUUGUCUCAUCAAGCAAGUUCUCAAUGACAAUGUCGAGCCUUUUCCCCUAGACUUGAUGCUCCCUAAUCUCUACAAGACCAGCGUCAAAGCAGCCCAGGACAACAAUAAGGUCAAGUGCAAUGCACUGAGAGCAGUUGGAAAUGUUCUUCAACUAUCUCAGGGAAAAAAUAUUCUGGGGGAUGUUCAACUCGCCCUGGAUAUUUUCAUCUCCUGCGCCACUUCUGGAAAUGACAUGAAGGUUCGGUGGAAUGCCUGUAGAGCUCUGGGAUUCGCCAUACAUCAUCAUCCUGAUGACAUAUUCCCCCAGAACUGGAGAGAUGAAGUCAUUCCUGCAUUGUGCGACCUCAUUUGCUAUAGCCCCAAUUUUAAGGUGAGAACGAACGCGGCCUGGGCCCUCGGCUCCUGCAAAUCCUAUGGCAAAUACGUGCCAUUUCUGUGGAAAAGUAUUGUUCUAGCUUUGGAGAAUUCUCAACAUGUGCCAAAUUUUGUGGAAUACAAUCACCGGGAGAGUUUACUGCAACAAUUGUGUCUCACUCUGGGCCACGUUGCGGCCAGUACUGCGCCGAGUGAUCUGCAGAUUCUUUGGCCAGAUAUCAAGGACCACGUGAACGAGAUCGAGGGCUACAUGAGAAACUUUCGGGAGAGGGCAUUGCCUGAGAAGACUGAUGACUUCAUUACAGCCAAAACUGUCCUGAAAAAUUACUCACAGACGAUGUCAUUGGAUUCUAAUGAGAGAUAUAUCGCUGAAGUUCUGGGGAACAUGUUCAAGUGCAGCAAUUUUUAUGAAGACUGUCGGGAAAUCGGUUUAUAAUCGAGAAUGAAGUAGGAAAUAAUCACAUUGCAUUAAAUUAAUGCCUUAAUAAAAAAUUGUAAAGAUAAAAUUGAA